AUGCGUUGUGUUAGCAUGCCCACCACAUCAACGACUGGAAGAGACACGGUGUUUCAUUCCGCAGGGCGGUUACAAGCAGGAGCCGUCUCAGAGUGGUCUGUGAAGGAGAGCCCUUCGUGGUCUGACCCUAAUACUUCCCAGACAACCGAAGAUCUCGGGCCACCAAGCGGAAAGCAAAUAGGCUUAUUAGGCAACCCACCUGGAGACAGCCAUAGGCCCUACCAAGCCAAUGGUCCGCUUACAACCAGGCACAGAGGGCGCGGCGAGAAGAGGCGGGACCAGGCAGAAGUGGGCGGGACCGGGGUGGCCGGAGGGAGGCGUGGUCGGACCUCGGUGGGCGGGACAUGAGGGGCGGAGUCUAGGCCUAAUCCGAGCGGCGGAGGCGCGGUGGAAUUUAGAAAGGAAGCGGGCGCCGCGGGGCGAGGCGGGGCCAGGCUGCGAUGGGCGGGGGCGAGGGCGGGGCCACGGAUGGAGCUCGCUCCCGGAUAGGCGGAGCCCUGGGUUUGGCGGGGAGAGGCGGGGCCAGCCAGGUGGGUGGGGCCGGAGAGGAGAGUCCUUUACGGGGCGGGGUUCACCGCGCGCGGGGGCCGAGCCCUGCUACUUGGUCCGUCGCCGGCUCUGCAGCUGCACUGCCUGCAGGAUCCCGGGACGCGGCGCCCCGGGGGUGGAGGGCGAAGGAACGCGGUGAUGGCCCCAGGAGAACUCUCGGGGUCCGCGGUCCUGGCCACCGCCGUCUUCGUGGGAGGCACCGUGAGUUCGCCGCUAGUGGCUCCGGACAAUGGGGGCAGCCACACGUUGCACUCCAGAACACAGACGACCCCAGCGCCCACCAACAACACGGGCAGCGGACACCCAGAGUAUAUCGCCUAUGCGCUCGUCCCUGUGUUCUUCAUCAUGGGUCUGUUUGGUGUCCUCAUCUGCCACCUGCUUAAGAAGAAGGGCUAUCGUUGCACCACAGAAGCCGAGCAAGAGGUGGAGGAGGAAAAGGUUGAAAAGAUAGAGUUGAAUGACAGUGUGAAUGAAAACAGUGACACCGUUGGGCAGAUUGUCCACUAUAUCAUGAAAAAUGAAGCAAACGUUGAUGUUUUAAAGGCAAUGGUAGCAGAUAACAGCCUGGGAGACCCUGAAAGCCCAGUGACUCCCAGCACUCCUGGGAGCCCUCCUGUGAGCCCCGGGCCCUUGUCACCAGGAGGCACCCCGGGGAAGCACAUCUGUGGCCACCAUCUGCACACAGUGGGCGGGGCCGUCGAGAGGGACGUGUGUCAGCGGUGUAGGCACAAACGGUGGCACUUCAUAAGACCCACCAACAAGUCCAAACAGGGCCACGUGAGGCGUCAAGGAGAGGUCACGGUCCUCUCCGUUGGCAGGUUUAGAGUGACGAAAGUAGAACACAAGUCAAAUCAGAAGGAGCGGAGAAGCUUGAUGUCCGUUAGCGGGACCGACAGCGUCAAUGGGGAGGUGCCUGUGACCCCUGUGAAGAGAGACCAAAGUGACACGGAGUAGCAGGGGUGAAUUUAUUGGAAGAGUUCUAAGACGCUGGAGACUUCCAAGAUAAGAAGUUGCCUGUGGAAUUUUUAAAAAUUUUUAUACAGUUUCUAUUGUGGAGUCUGCAGACAUGGGGAUAAAAGCUAAAAGGGAAUAUUUGCGCUAUGCUCGGUACAGAAUUCAGUUUGCUUGGAAACACGUUUUGGGUUAAAAAGUCUGAUGGAAAAUUUAGUACCUUUCCAGUGGAGAAAAGAGCCCAUUUUUCAGUUUUCCCCAACCACCAGACCUCCCAGUCCCCCAUCUCUGGCCUUGGCACCACUGGUAACUUUUCCAGCGUGAUCAGUCUUCACAGGGAACUCUUGGUGUGCGAUCCGAGCCCAUGCUCGG